GAUCGGGGCUGAAUGGUGGACACAUUAGCGCGGCUCUCACCGGUGCUUUACCCUAACGGAGGCAGAGAGAGACACACGGUGACAGGCGAAGACAGCCGCACACGUAACUCAAUUCAUCUCCGAGGGAGCGACGACGGCGGAGGAGGAGGAAUCCGCGGGGUGCUCCCCUCUCGGCGGCCCGGCUCUUUAACUACACCCUCCGCAGAAACAGCGGCAGCCGCGACGGGGAGGGAAGAGCGGAGACACCCCGGCAACACCGGGAUGCGAGCACUCGGGGGAAGGGGAUGAAUACAUGAAAACGUGGUCGUCAUUUUGUUUUUAAAUCGUCCCUAUGCGGCGGGUUCUUCUCAGUUAGAGCGGCGACUUGAAGCGGGGGGUUUGUUCGCGGUCCACCGGCUGGUAACGUGAGGAUAAUACGCAGAUAGGGCGUUUUUAAAGUCCGCCUUUUGUCGUGGACGCUUGCUAACGUUAGCGUGCGGUACUCUGAGCACCGGACCCGGCGGGUUUAACGUGUUUUCGCUAGCGGGGACUUUAGCCGAGCCUUCCCCGCCCCAGCUCUUCACAUCGGAUGGAAUCUCCCCAUCCCUCCCGGUGUGGUUAGGGGCCUCCACCUGAGAACUGCGUCACCGAGUGGGCGCCGCAGGUAUCCACCUCUUGAGUCUUCAUGCUGGGAAGCCAAGCCAUGGCACGGAUGACCUGGAAACCAAAGUGAACCAAACCUUCAAAUCACGAUGGAGCUGGAGUCUAAUUCAAACUCCGAGGCCCACCCAGAACUGAAAUAUCCAUCUGUGUCCACCUCUCAGUGUGAAUUGGACAUGAGCGAUGGGAAUAUCAACCCGGUGGUGAGAGGUGGCAGUGACCCCAGCUCGUACCCUUCCUCCUCCAGCUACCAGAGGAAUGUGCAUCAGAGAUUCAUCAGGAGAAAUCUGUGGUUCUCGGACAUGGACGAGCAGACCUUCGAGGCACCCGAAUGUGACAACAGGAGUAAUAUCCUGAAUAUAGACCUGCGAACAAUAGUGGACGGGACUCGGGGGACUACCUGCGGGAUACAGGAGGCGUCCAGCGCCGAGAGCCAAGGUAGCCCGAAAGACGAUGCAACGGAGAGCGCCGGUGCUGAUGAGGAGAAGGAGAAAGCUGGAGAUGUGUUGAGUGUUACUUGCAGCAACGGUGCUAAAUCCGCUAUCAAGGCCUCCAGUGAGGAGACUGAGGAGGAGGCGGAGAUGAAGGCAGUCUCCACAUCUCCAGGAGGAAGGUUCCUCAAAUUUGACAUUGAACUGGGGAGAGGGUCCUUCAAGACUGUCUACAAGGGCCUGGAUACAGAGACCUCGGUGGAGGUUGCCUGGUGUGAGCUGCAGGAUCGUAAGCUGACAAAAAUGGAGCGUCAGCGCUUUAAGGAGGAAGCGGAGAUGUUGAAGGGUCUUCAGCAUCCCAACAUUGUCCGUUUCUAUGACUUCUGGGAGUCGCCCCUUAAAGGGAAGAAGUGCAUUGUUCUAGUCACAGAGCUCAUGACGUCAGGGACGCUUAAAACUUAUCUAAAGCGUUUCAAGGUAAUGAAGCCCAAGGUGCUGAGGAGCUGGUGCAGACAGAUCCUGAAAGGCCUCCACUUUCUUCACACCAGGACCCCACCCAUCAUCCAUAGGGACCUCAAAUGUGAUAACAUCUUUAUUACUGGCCCUACGGGCUCAGUCAAGAUAGGGGAUUUAGGACUGGCAACACUCAAGGCAGCAUCAUUUGCAAAGAGUGUCAUAGGCACUCCUGAGUUCAUGGCUCCAGAGAUGUAUGAGGAGCAUUAUGAUGAGGCUGUGGAUGUCUACGCCUUUGGCAUGUGUAUGCUUGAGAUGGCAACCUCAGAAUACCCCUACUCCGAGUGUCAGAAUGCUGCUCAGAUUUACCGCAAAGUCACAAGUGGAGUGAAGCCAGCCAGCUACAACAAGGUCAUGGAUCCUGAAAUCAAGGAGAUUAUUGGGGAGUGUAUCUGCCAAAAGAAAGAGGAGCGGUACACCAUCAAGGACUUGUUGAACCAUGCUUUCUUUGCUGAGGACACAGGUGUGAGGGUCGAGCUGGCUGAGGAGGACGAUGGGAAAAAGGCCUCAAUAGCCCUCAAACUGUGGGUGGAGGACCACAAGAAGUUAAAAGGGAAAUACAAGGAGACUGGAGCCAUUGAGUUCGCGUUUGAUUUGGAAAAGGAGGUCCCUGAGGUUGUGGCACAAGAAAUGGUGGAGGCUGGCUUCUUCCACGAGAGUGAUGCUAAGACUGUGGGAAAGUCGAUCAGGGAUCGCGUGGCACUGAUCAAAUGGAGACGAGAGAGAACAGUGUCUGCUGCAGUUGCAGCGGAUCAGGGUGAAGGAGGACACAGGGUCCAGAUGACUCCGUCUCAGGGCAUCUCAGCUGGGGCUGCACAUGUAGGACAGCCCCCUAUGCUGGAACCAGAUGAGCAAGAUGCAGACCAGCACAACACGCUGUGUAACCUACCAGCCAGUGCCACCUCAGUCACAUCAGACCGCACGCUUGACAGUGGCAUGGGCUCCACUGUGUACUCAGACUCCCACAGCAGCCAGCAGAGUGUCCUCUACCAGUCCCUGCUGGAGCCUAUUACUAUGGCAACGCAGCAGUUCCAGAGCAGUAGCCCUUUUCUCACAGAUCGGCCUCACUCCUGUGAGAAGGGUGAAAUAUGGGGGGGAGCACUGAGUCCAGAGCUCAGGACUCGAUUGGGAGCAGCAGCCCGGAGAGGAAGUGCUCCUGUUAUUGACACACGCAGGGGCAACCACAAUGCUCAACUGCAUGCCUUCAGUCAAUCUCGGAGAUCGAUUAGUCCCAGCCCCAGCUUCACAGUACCAGAGAACCAGUCCGAACUCAGCCCCUCUGAGCUUCACUCAGAGGCUGGCGACGGGUUUCCCACCCAGGGUGUUCUGCCUCUGCUGCAGCUCUCCCCUGUGUCGUCACUUUCUGAAUAUCGUCGCCUGAGUGACACCGGCAUCAGAACGACAUCAGAGGCCAGUGAGAACUCAGCACUACCUGUGCCAAGUGGACGCAGACAUUCUGACCUCAGCAGCCUUCUGAGUGUAACUAGUCAUCACAACCACCAUUUUGCAAUGCAUAAAACCCACAUGUGCCAGGCCUGCCUCUCUUUGCUUCUUUUGAAGUCACGAGAAGGAAGCCACCGCUACCCUUCUUUUGCCAUGCCAGCACACCACUGUCCAUGUGACUUAAGGCACCAGCCGUCCUCUGGUGGAACCAUGACCCCCCCUGGUUAUGGUCGGCCAAAAGGUUCCAGCGAUUGCUCUGAUUUCUCACUGCUGCAGAAGUCCCUGUUCAAUAUAACCGGCCGCAAAGCAGCCCCCUGUCAUGCCACACCCUCCCAGGCCUCAUUGCUGCACCCCUCAGCUGCACACAGUCCUGCUCGCAGCGAUGGAGGCAGCAGCCUGACGAGUCAUCUCCUGGGUGGCAGCUCAGUUGCGGAUCAAGAACCCCUCCAGGACAGCAUGAUUAGAUUCAGUGCCGGAGAGCAGCAAGUUACCGGGGCUGUGGGAGUGACCAGUUCUGCAGGGCAACAGAAUCAACAUUCUGUCCAAGGCCUGCCUUCUUCCAGCACAGCAAUGACCACACCACUGCAGUACCUCCAGCCUGGACCCAGUUACCCUGCAGCUCCAUAUACUGGUCCACCUAGUGCUGCAACACCAGCUCCAGCAGGUCAAUGUUUAGUCAACAUCCAGCAUGCAAGCAACGCUGCUGGCUAUCCACCUCCAACUGUGCAACAGACCCAAGCUGCAGCACUUAUUUCAGCCUCAUCUGUGCCACAACAUGUUGCACAGAGCCACCAAGCAGCAGGCUACCAACAGCAACCGGCAACAGCAGCAAACUCUUCAACUUUUUCUUUGCAAGUCCAACAAACGUGUCAGAACUAUGUGGCUCCCUCUCAACAACAGGCUCAGUCUACAUCAGGAUAUCCACCUCCAGUUCAGCAACAGACUACAGCGGCCGCAGCAGCUGCCCUGCCAGCACAUCAGCCUCUUUCAUCUGUAGGCGCAGCUGUUGCAGCCACAGCCCAGUGUCAUCCCGCACACACACUGCAGCAUGUCCAAGCUGUAGUCAAACUGCCAAGUCAGCAACCUUGUCAGAGCUCCUCCACACCAGCACUUUACAACCAACAGAUCCCCGUUCAGCAAGAGCACCAACAGCCCUUACCACAAAACACUCAAUCCAGCAUACAAACACAGAAUGCUGGACAGGCUUAUAUUCAACCUCAACUCCAGCAUAACCAAGAUACUGUGCAUCCCCUACACCAACAAAUUGCACAACAGCCUAUCCACCAAUCUCAAAGUCAUCAGUAUCCCAGUCAGCAGCAAUUGCACACCCCAGCUCUACAGCAGAAAGCCAUGCACGCAGCAAUUGCACAUCAAAUCCAGGACGUGUCCCAGUCUACUGUCCAACAUGUUCAGACCCCAGCUUCUCACCCUCAUCUCACAGCAACAUCAGCUGUGCAGGUUUCAGCCACACAUCAGAGUUACCCUGCUGCAGGUCCCCCUGAUGCUGCCUCUCAGAGCUAUGCACACUCGGCCCUCAAUGUCCUGCACCAACAGUCUGCUCCAGCUCAGAGCCAGUACCAUCCUGCACAGCCCACUGCUGCUUCACAGACCUAUGGAGGGGCUACUCAGAUGGUGACUCCUCAGAGCCUUCCUGCCUCUUCCCAGCAUAGCCAGGCUGCACAUAUUUCUCAACAGUUUCAACCCUAUCUUUACAUCGCUGCUCUCCUGAAUCAGAAUAUUCCUGCUGGACAGAGCAUAUCCCUGCUUGGACAAGAUGGACAGGGCCAUGCGCAGAAUCUCAGCCAGUUUGCUCCCAGUAUGCUGACCCAGGCACUUCCCCCUCAACAGCCAAUGGCCCAGGCUAAUGUCAAUCAACAAUUCCAACCUUUGCAGAUAUCAACCUCUCUACCACCAACACACCAACCCCAGUAUCCCACAGUCCAGGUGAUGACAGCUGUGACUGACUGUGAAUCAUCCUAUCCUUACCCCUACACUGCCCCUCACCCUUCAACCACCUCUUCUCUUAAUCACAUCUUUCUUUCUCCCGGACAGACUCUUCCAAUUACCCCCUCUGUCUCCCCUCUCUCCCCUUUACACAUUGAAAAUGCAUUAGUCUCACCCAUCCCAGUGUCCCUCAUACCUUCCCCCUCACCUGGGCUGGGUAAGAUGGAACCCGCAUCCCCACAGCACCAGCCCAACACUGCUCUGAAGCAGAGUGUUAGAUAUGAAGCUCCUCAUUCACAACCAGCACUUAUAUCUGCAUUAAACACCCAUCCCAUACACAUGCACAUUUCCCCUUCCCACAACACACACCCUCCCACAAAUGGCAGCACUCAGCCUCUGAUACAGCAGGCCCAGGUCAGCCAUCCUGAGCUUGUCCCCUCUGCUCAGCCAGUCCAGCCUGCACUUUUCUCCUCACCUCUUUAUAAUGGAACUGAUCCAGGCGCAGCCACCACUGUUGCCAAUCUGGACAAGAGUAACCCAUGCCAGCUGGCCCUGCAGGCCCAGAGUCAGGUUCAGAGCCAAAUUCCUGUGCUGCAGCCCUCGGACUCUCAGCAAGCAUCAUCUGGGUCUGCCAGCUCCAGUGUGACUCAGCAGAAACCUCUCGGUUCUCUAACAGGAGCUGCAGAGACCAACACGGAGGAUCAAACCACAGAGAAACACACUGCAGGACAGAGCUAUGACAGUGUCACCUCUGACGCCACGUCAGGGAAGGAGAUGAGUGACGGUUAUGAGGGGACACAUGGAGGCAAAGGAGAAGGGAAAGUCCGCAAACACCAUCGCAGGUCAACACGCACUCGCUCUCGUCAAGAGAAAACCAGCAGGCCAAAACUCAGCAUGCUCAAUGUGUGUAACACUGGGGAUAAGAUGGUAGAGUGUCAGUUGGAAACUCACAACCAUAAGAUGGUCACAUUCAAGUUUGACCUGGACGGAGAUGCACCAGAGGAGAUUGCCACAUACAUGGUGGAGAACGAUUUCAUUUUACCUGUGGAAAGAGAGGUCUUCAUUGAACAGAUGAAGGACAUUGUGGACAAAGCUGAGGACAUACUGAGUGAGGACACAGAGGGUGAGAGGAACUCUGACCAGGGAGGCAGUCCCAAACGGAGCGAAGGAACUGACACACUAGGAACAGAGGCAUCAGCGCCCAGCACCCCACAGCCGGUGUACCAACAAAAUGUCCUCCAUACUGGGAAGCGCUGGUUUAUCAUCUGCCCUGUAGCUGAGACGCCCAUGCCAGACAAUAAGAAGACUGCAUCUCAGAUCACUCCAGCCCAGGAAGCUGAGAACUCAUCAUCAGUCAGGCCCAACUGCAACACAACUGCAGUGACUACCCCGGUCGCAUCUUUAUCGUCUCAAAACCCACCCUCCUCCUCCCCCGCUCUGCCCCCUGCUGCUCAGAGCUCAGUACAACCUCCAGACCAAAACAUUGGAAAAUCUCGGGUCCAGCAGACUCAGCCCUGUGUAACUAAACAUGCCAUUGCUGCUGGAGUCAGACAUCAAAACUCCCUUCCUGUGGAAGAACCUUGCAUCUCUGCUGUCUCUAUGGUGACGGAAAUUCCAUGCUGUGCCAUUGUGCCACCUGUCUCUCUGGAUGUGAAUGCCAUUGAUAAAGGAGCAGCUGGAGUUUUGGCCUCGUCUCAGACGAAUCAGCCCAUCGAGAAGGCCAGUCCUACUGGAGAGCUACCCCCUCAGCUCGCCUCCCAUCAGUCUGUGGUCCUGCAGCAACCCUAUGCCACGCCCAUGCAGCCUGGGACAGUGACCUCCCAGCCCCAGAGUCCAGCACAUCAGACCUCCCAAAACUCUCAGUCAUCAAGCCACCAGCAGCCCGCAAGUGGGGGGCCAGGAGAGUCAGACAGUGAGGGACCACGCAGGGUGGAGUUUGUUGACCGCACCAUCAAGACUCUGGAUGAGAAGCUGAGAAACCUGUUGUACCAGGAGCAUGCUCCCUCGCAGCCUCCAAGUUCGACAUCUGAUCCCCAGGCCUCCAGCACAGAGGGAGUGGUCACCCCGCCAGUCUCGGACGGCCAGAGCACUGAGGGAGGACUUGCAAAGAAGAAGGGGGACCCACUGCCUCAGAUUCUGGAGCGCACAGAUAGUGUGGGUGCACUAAGUGACUCUGCAGUGGCAGCUGACAGGGUUUUGAAAGGAAGAGAUGCAACUGCCAGCUCCACUUCAUACGGAUCCAAAAGCCGUUUUCAAAUCAUUCCCACUUCUCCGGAUGUCAUAUAUCGUUUAGAGAAAAGUAAGACAAGCCGCAGCACCUGCAGUUCUACAGCACCCUCUAGUGGUUCUGGAGGGUCUCACAGUCAGACCCAGGGAAAAGGCAGGAAAGAGAAGGGUUGUAUGGCUGUGGGCAGAUCCUGUGUGGGGACUGCAGCCGACGAGGAGAAAGCAGGAACAUCCAAACCCCACGGUAGUAACCGCUACUCUGCCCCACCAGACUUCUACAAAGCCACCCCCACCUCCAGUUCUGAUGUCACCCCGCACCAUAUCCCCCGAGCCCAGACCAUUGACAGUCCGAUGCAUAACAACUACCACCACCUCUACUCUGACUCAGCAGAUGAGGACAGCAGCAGCAUAGCUCUCCCUCCGGCCCACCCUGCUCCCCCAGCUCAUGCCCUGUCUGAGCACAGUGGUAGUGACCUCAUGAAGAGGGCAGUGGCCUUCCUACGGCGCACUGGUCGGAGCAAAAGUGAGCAGAGCUCGGAUUCACCAAGCCGACAGCCCGUGGCAAUGAAUGGUCACGUGCCCUCGCCUUCAGCAGGACAUGCCCACUCAUCUUACAUCAGCAGUGACAACGACUCCGAGUUUGAGGAUGCAGAUAUGAAGAAGGAGCUACAAAAACUAAGAGAAAAACACAUGAAGGAGAUCUCUGAGCUGCAGGCAUUCCAGAGGGGUGAGAUUGAGCAUCUGUACAAGGAGCUGGGCAAAAGUCUACCUCCCAACGUGGGUUCACUUCAUGCAGCACCCCCAAGUGGCCGGAGGCGUAGAGCCAGCAAACACAAGCUGAAGGCUGGAAAACUGCUCAAUCCGAUGGUGCAGCAACUUAAAAACAAUCUUAACACCGCCACUGAGAGGAAAGGUGAGAGCUGUGCCAGUUCAUCCAGCUCCCCGGCUAAAAGUUCAGUUCUGUCUGAUGGCUCAGCCCACUCCAGUGGCAGCUCCAGCUCCAGCAGUCAUCCCCAUACUGCCCCAGAGCAGGUUCACACACAGCAACCCUGUUCGCUGAAGGGCUCGUUCUCCUCAGACAACAUCUACGCUGGACUACAUGGCGAUGGAAUGGCCCCUCAAGCAGGCCCUGGCCAAGGCUGGACGGUUUACCACCAAACGUCAGAGAGAGUCACCUAUAAAUCUAGUAGCAAACCACGCACUAGAUUCCUCAGUGGACCUGUGUCUCUGUCCAUCUGGUCCACUCUGAAACGACUAUGUCUAGGCAAAGAGCGCAGUAGUAGGUCUAAUCAAAGCACCGCCGCGGCUCAGACGGCCAACAGUCAAACACAGCCGUCACUCACCUCAGCCACACCCUCACCAUCUGCUCAGCCUAUUACACGGCUCGCUCAGGCCCAGACCAACAACAGCAACAACAAGAGAGGCACGUUCACAGAUGAUCUUCACAAACUGGUAGAUGACUGGACGAAGGAGACUGUCUCGGCAGCCAAUCAGCCACGACCCUCCCUGAACCAAAUCAAACAACAGACACGCCAACGGGACCUGGAAUGCAAAUCUCACCCACACACAGGAGCAGCUGGACAUGAGAUGAAAUGCCAUCUUGGUACCAGCAAGUUCCAGUUGCCUCUUUCCUGCCCCAUGACUGCUGCUUUAGGUCCUGGUAUGCCCACAAGCCUAGCUCCCAACUCCGCAGCCAUGCUCCCUCCUGGGUACCUCCUGCCCAAUGGCUCCUAUUCCGGGAUGGUUCCCGGUCCUGUUUACUCUCAGCAGUGGCCCGGCGUGCCUAGCCCUGUAGGGUCAGUGGGUCCUGUAGGUCUGCUUGGUGCUGCAAGAAUGAUGCCCUAUAACAAGAUGGCAAACCCAGGGAUCCAAAGCAUCCCUCUUAACAUGCACAACCCCGAAAACGGCCCCUGUCCGGAAACCGCUAGGACUAUCUAAUCUACAAACUACAACUUGUCCGUGGGUGUGUGCGGGAUAGUACAACUCCAUUCUGUUCUGCUUCACCAGAGCCACAAUUGUACAUAAUUUGAAUUUGUAAAUAAUAUGACAGAGUGUUAAUGUUCUUUAUACAACACAUACCUCCAAUCAGCCACAGCAUUGAAACCACUUGCUUAAUAUGGUGUAUGUUCCCCCUCGUGCCAUCAAAACAACUACGACCCGUCGAGACAUGGGCUCCAUCUGCCUCUGAAGUUUCCCCUGUGGCAUCAAACACCAAGACAUUUGCAUCAUAUCCUCUCACAGAUGCACCAUCGGAUUGAGAUCUGGGGUAUUUGGAGUCCAUGAAAACUAUUUGAACCCUGUCAUGUUCCUUUAACCAUUCCUGAAUUUUUUUGGCGUGUAGCUUAUUAUCCUGCUGAAAGAAGCCAAUGCGAUAAGGGAGAACCACCAUGAAGGGUUUGCUUGGUCUGCAAGAAUGUUAAGGCAGGUGGUAUUUGUCAGAGUAACACCCACACAAACCCAAGGUUUCCCAGAAGAACAUUGCCCAGAGCAUCACACUCACAUUGCCCUAAAAGAUGCAAAUGCACCUUCUACAUGAAUGAUUUGUCAGACCAGGCCUCCAUCUUCCAUUACUCUAUGGUCCAGUUCUGACGGCUGUUUCAUUGAUGGACAGUGUCGCCACGUGCACCCUGACCGGUCUGCGGCCAACAGCUUUUCUUCUGUGAGUUUUGAUCCAACAAGUCUGCCUUCACUUCCCACAUGCAUCAGUGAGUCUUGGGUUCCCAUGACGACUAACCACUGCAUACUAGGGUCACCCUAAGAAGACCUGCUGCUUUUCACAAUCUGGCCCUCGUCAAAGUUGCUCAUAUUGCAACGUUUGCUUUCAACACAUCACUUUCAAGAACUGACUGUUCACCUGCUGCCUAACAUGUCCCACCUGGUGUGGAAACCAUAAAACCAGUGUCCCUUUCUCCACCUGUCAGUGGUUUUAAUGUUGUGGCUCAUUGGUGUAUAUCUGGAGUUAAAGUGUGUGUGUGCGUGCAUGUGUAAAUAAGUGUGAAUACUAUACAGUACUCGUCAAGUGUGUCUGAAUACCUAAUGCUUUUUGGCUUUGGUCUUUACUGAACUAAGCCAUACAACACAUUUUGUCUUCGGUCCAGAAAACCUAUUUCACUCUUUUCUUUGUUGCUGCAGUUUUCACGUUGAUUUUUGCCUUUCUCUGUUUUAUGUACACUUUAAACACUACAUUGGAAUCCAAAAAAACCAGUGGAGUGAGAAAUGGUAACACGACAGUAUUUACAGUGAAAAUAUUUGAAGGAAUGUAGUGCCUUGAACAUUAAAUUUUAUUUUUUAUUUUCAUCUUCGAAGCAAAGCAUGUCUGCAUCCAGGUUAUUUUAAUUGAUGGUAGCUUGAGUGCAGUCUCUUUUUUCUUUUUUUUUAAUGCAUUAGACACUUUUUGGUUUACAUAUUAAUGCCCUUGUAGAACUGCACUAUUAACACAGUAUAUGCUCUUAUAUAAGUAAUAAAGUCAUGUUUUAACAUUUGUUUACCUUUCACCCCUGUGACCGAUGGAAUGCCAUAGUGGUGAGACGUACCGUUGCCUUGCAGAAACAAAUGGUAAAGAUGAGAGGAGGAAAAAUAAUUCCACCAGAAGCCAAAAUCCACUCUUUCAGGUCAAAUGGUUCAGUUGGACAUGGCCUGUUUUUUUCUUUCUUUUUUUGAAAAGACAACAGUGUUGUAGCCUUGUGCUCAAAGGAAAGGCCGUGUCCUGAGCCAUUUAUACUAGACGUAGUUCUUUCUACAGUAAAUGCCUCCGGUAGUGUUCUGAUCAGAAUGUAGCAGUUAAUAUGUGAUGGCUUGAGGCUUAAAAGUGCAAUUUAACCCCUUCACAAAGCUUUGAUGGUGGCCUUGCCACAAGCCUUAUCUCUGAUGUGUGCAACAGGAGCAAGCUGAAAAGUUGAACAAAGUCACAACACACCAAGCGCCAGACCGAUAUUACCAGGCAAAAUAUAAAUACUACAAAUCACCCGAACUCUGAAUUCACUACUGCUAAAUGUUCUUUCAGCUUGGCUGUCCUACUGCUCAGCAUACACUGUAUGUAACAUGUUCUGUGCAAUCACCAGUCAAGUCUGAUGGUUUUAAUUUAUUUGAUGUUUAAAGCUUGAUUAUUAUUUUUUUGGGAUGGCUGCUAUCAUCCGAGGUGAUUCCUGUGUACAGUUCAGCAUUCAAUAUACACAUGGUACUGAAAAAUAAAAGACUUCUAAAGUUUAAUUUACAAAUGCAAAAUGCUCCCAAUGCAGUGUUAUUGCCUUAUGGCAAUGUGUUGAUUUCCCAGGUUGCGUUUGAUAACAGCCUUUUAUUUUUUCUCGUCAGUUAUAUAUUGCAAAAUUCAAAUGAUACUUGAUGUGGGAAAUUUGCACAACAGAUAGUCUCCCUUAAUUCUGACAUAUGUUUAAGUGUUUCGUAUUCUGUAUAUUGUGGGUUUCACCGCCUGUACUUUCUUUCAUCACAGACAAGUGGCAUGGCCAACUUUUCAAGUUCCACAAAGCAAAGCUAAACAAUACAGUUGCUAUGGUGAAAAAUUACACAAUCUCCACAACACAUAUGAAAGGUUUCAGCGCCCCAAUCCUUCCAAGCUGUGAACUGUACAGUUUUCUUGUAGUUUAUAUUUGUACAUUUUGUUUGUUUGAGGGUGGUGGUUUGGAGGGAAUGCUUUGAUGUAUAUUGUUCCAUCAAUUCGGUUUGAAUUGGACUUUUAUAGGAUAUUAUGCAGAGUCUUCUGCUUUGGUGAAAUACUUCCAGUAGUAAGAGAUUUCUGUUCUCUGUCACUUGUAUCUGGUAAAUAUAUUUUGUUCCACCUCCUGGCUGCGAAAUUCGCUGUUAGCAGAGGAGGGAAUAACUAUUGUUGCCAUAUUCAUUUUGGGUGCAGGAACAGAAGCCCAAGUGCAGAGUCACACGUUGACACUUCCCACUCCGCUUGUCUCACUUCUCUCUGGACAGCAUUGCCCCCUGGUGAAUAUGCUCUGAUUGUCAAAAGCUUGUAUUUAAACAGUGGGAUUGCUUCUGCCUGCUGUAUGACCCACUGCAUUACCCCCCCACCCUGCCCUGCUGCACUCUAUCACACACUGUAUGUUGAGAGAGAAAUAAAUAUUUUGUGCUUGA